CAGGGUCAAGUUAGGGUUGCGGAAACUCUUGAAAUCAGAGCAGGAUCACUUUUUCCCGCCCAUCUCGCAUCAAUUUCACCCCCUUUGAAACAAUGGCGGCGGCGGCGGCCGGACCAUCCGGGAGUCUGAAGCUCCUCAUCGACAAGACUGCCGGCAAGGUCGUUUUCGCGGAAGUGGAGAAACCUUUCGUGGAUUUCUUGUUCCACCUCAUGUCGUUGCCGCUCGGUACGGUAAUCAAACUCGUUACCCAGAAAUCCAUGGUCGGCGCCCUCGGCAAUCUCUACGGCAGCAUCGCCGAAAUUAGCGACACUUACCUGCAGCCCGGCACGGAAAAAGAUGUCUUUUUGAACCCCAAAGUUCAGAUCCUCUCUCGCGAAGUUCCACUCCUCCUGCCGGGGGCCGAAGGCAAUUCCGAGACCAAGAAGCUUUACCUCUGCAGCGGCGUCAGAGGCGGCAACUGCGGCCACUACACUCGUUAUUGCAAUGACCCGACGGCUGAAUGUCCCGACUGUGGCAGAUCAAUGAGCCUCGAGAUGGCUUCGUUUUCCCCAGAGAAGGUGGCGGGGUCUUCUUCCUCUGGCGGCGAAGGGGGCGGUUUUGUGAGGGGGGUGCUGAGUUAUAUGGUGAUGGAUGACUUGAGGGUGAUGCCGCAGUCAACAAUUUGUGCCAUUACCACACUGAAUGAGUGCAAAGUGAAGGACUUUGGGUCUCUUGAUGUGAAGGUGGUUCAAUUUGAAGCUGAUGUGGGACUGAAGUUGUUGAAGGCGGCAUUACAAACUGAUGCAGUUCUCACAACUGUCUUCCUUGGCAAAAGUGUUGAAGGAAAGAUCGAAAUUGGCGGCGAUUAGAAAUAGCAGUCACUUAGUUUCUUCUACCACCCCCCACUCCGGAUUUUUUUUAUGUAGUGAGAUUUUGAUGUUUCUUUGAGGCUCUAAGUUGAGAAAUAAUACUUGUUGGUUUGC